GCACCAGGCUGCAGGUGUUGCUGCUUCGAAAGCUCUUCACUGGUCUUUACGUGCCAAACCCACAUGCUGCCUUGCUGCGGACCAUGGCAUGUACCCUGGAGAGGUUCAUUCAUUCUCUGGACGCCAGAACCCUUCCGAGGGUCCUCCAAAUCCAGUCAGGCAUCUAUUUCCAAGGCUCGAUCUAUGAAAUGUUUGGAAAUGAAUGCUGCCUGUCAACAGGAGAAGUCAUUAAAGUUAUUGGCUUCAAAAUUAAUAAGCUCAUAGCAAGUAUCUGUGAGAAUAAUGAAGUCAGCCGUUUUUCAGCCAAAGUGGAAUUACCACUAAAUUUUCCUGGUCUUUAUAAGGUUGUGGCAGAUAAAACUCCAUAUGUCAGCAUUGAAGAAAUUACAAAAAAAGUCUCUAUUGGGCCAACAAGAUUUGGUCACCCAUGUUUCUACAGUCCUGAGGAUAUAAAAUUGGCAAACCUCACUAUCAAACAUGGUGAGCAGAUCACCUUUAACUCAGUGGAAGAGGUCAACGGAACGAUGGCUGUGAACUGUGGCGUGGUCAGAAAUAACCAGUCUCAUUCCUUUACUUUGCCCCUUUCACAAGAAGGAAAAUUCUAUGAGUGUGAGGACGACCAGAUAUAUACCCUAAAAGAGAUUGCAGAAUGGAAAAUCCCUAAGUGCAGAAACCGAAUCGUCAAACUUUCCAAUACUUUACAUACAUGGGACUCCUCUAAUCCACUUCCUGAGAAUUUUGAUGGCUGCUUGAUUCUCACGCCUGUCUAUGAAGUGCAGGCAGUAAUGAAAUUUCGGAAGGACAUAGUUCAUAUCCUCUCAGAUCUAGAUGUCGAGGUCAAGGAUAUAACAGACUGUUACGAUAUUAGCUCUUUCCUUCAGCCACUGUCUUUGGAAGAUGUAUUUGAGAGAACAAGCAAGGAAUUUCCUAUGGUUGCUGAGAUAAUGGAAGGGCCCUCGGGAAGCCAAAAACCUUAUAACUUAUUGCAUACAGGGAAAGAGAUCGUCAUCUACAAAAAGUACCAGGCAACAAGAGUCCUAGCCUCUGAGAUCAGAAGUGAUUCACCCAAAAGACAUUUUUUAAUCCCUCCAAGCUACAAAGGAAAGUUCAAGAGAAGACCUCGGGAGUUUCCAACUGCCUAUGACUUAGAGAUAGCAAGAAGUGAAAAGGAACAGCUUCAUGUUGUAGCAACUAAAGCCUUUGAUUCCCCUCAUAAAGAGCUUUUUUCUGUUUCGGUUGGAGAUCAGUUUCUAGUUCAGCAAUGCCAGACUAGUGAAGUUCUGUAUGAGGGAAGAAAGAAAGUCAUAGAUGUUUUAGCUUGUGAACAAAUACUAAGUGAUACGUAUAAGAAAGUGCUCCUCCCUAUGUACAUGGAAGGUGGCUUUGUGGAAGUGAUUCAUGACAAGAAACAGUACCAGCUUUCCGAGAUUUGCAAAGAAUUUCGUUUGCCUUUUAAUGUCAAAGUGUCCGUGAGGGACCUUUCUGUUGAGGAAGACAUCUUGGCUGCUGUACCUGGUCUGCAGUUUGAAGAAGAAAUCACAGACUCUUAUUUGCUGAUCAGCAGCACCAAUAGUCCAGUGGAGAGCUGGGAGAUUCCUGUAUAUCGCUUAAACAUGUCUGUCCAUUUGCUCAGCAAAGAUGUCCAGGCAGUUGUACCUCCUGCAACUAAGACAACAGUGGAAGAGAUCAGCGAAGAGCAGUACUAUAUGGUGCGAAGGUACGAAAACCAAACCCUUCAUCCACCACCCAGGCCUCCCAAAAAGCCAGCACUUGCACCAAAACCGGUUUUUGCAGUACCUAAGCAUGGUGUGUCUGAGGUACUACAGGCUCCAGAGAAUGUCUGUGUAGACACCACCAAGAAAUUGUGCUCAAAUCAAGCUGCUGCUGUUUCGGAAUUACAAGUUAGUUGUCAAAAUGAUUUGGUGCACCAUGAGAAUAAGAAGGACACGACUGGGAAAGCUACAUUACUGGAUACCAGUGUGAUUAAAGAUCUAACAAAUCAGGGACUUGGAAAGUGCGAGGCAGAAAAGGACGAGGAAGAAGAGCACAACUACGACUAUGUGGAUGAAAACAUAAUUGAAAACAUAAGAAAAGUAUUUCAAGACGCCACAGUUAGAAAUAAGCACGCACUCUCUGAAGGAAGAAGGUGA